AGGUGUACAGGGAGGCGAGCGGUAUAUAUCCCCAAUAUAAUCAGUCGUAUAGAACCAUUUUUUGCACUCUUGUGCACUUUUUAAUGCACUUUUUAGUUGUAAACUACAGAGUGUUCCAUUCUUUCAGCAGUCAGUUAUAGGCCUAACAUCAGCUAUUCAAGGGGCUCAAAGAUGACCACAUAAAAUAUUUAUAUUUUACUCAUUUAUUUAUUUAAAGUUAUAUUGUGCCUUGUUGGUAGCCUAUGCCUGCUGGAAUGAAAGAAAGAUGUUGUACUGUAUGUGAUUAAAUGCAUUAGAGAAUCAUGAAAACAUAAUACAAAUGAAUUCUCAGCAAAACAGAUCCGGCUCAAAGAGUCGACUCAUUCCCGAUCGACUCAUCACCUGUAAUGAAUCCUCCUUCCUAAAGUGAAAGUGUUUCUCCCUCAGACUCGACUACAUUUUGUGGAGCUCUUGGAGAAGUUAAAACAAAUCUUUAAGGCAGAAACGGUGUUAUUAAUGUCACACAACAAGAACUGUUGACUGAGGGAGUGUGAUCCAUUCCAGCAGAAGAGAUAAGACUCUUCAGGACUCAACUGUGUGUUUGUGCAAACUUUACUAAUAUUCAAAGAUGGAGACUCCUGAUCUGGACACAGAUAAUGUUUUCCCACACUCAAAAACCAGUAAACUUCAGGGAAAGAGAUCAGAAUCACCAGCACCCAGCUGUAUCUCCAUGAAGAGUGAUUGGUCUAUGGGCAUGCCUCUGGAGUUUACGGAUGGAGACUCCUCACUUCUACACAGUGUUCUACAGAGAGCAGGAGACAGAAUAGAAAAGAUCACCAUCACAGAUACAGGGCACGACCCAGAAUCUGCUGCUGUGAAUGAAUUCCAGAAAAAGUUGAAAUUAAAUCUGAUGAAGAAGUUUGAGUGUUUGAAUGGAGUGAUAAUAAACCUGGGAAACCAAACACUCCUGAAUGAGAUCUACACAGAGCUCUACAUCACAGAGGGAGACAGUGGAGAAGUCAAUAAAGAACAUGAGGUGAGACAGAUCGAGACAGCAUCCAGGAGAACAACAACAGAGGACACACCAAUCAAAUGCAACGACAUCUUUAAGCCCUUAUCUGAACAAGACAAACCCAUCAGAACUGUGUUGACAAAGCCCUUAUCCAAAAAAGACAAACCCAUCAGAACUGUGCUGACAAAGCCCUUAUCUAAAACAGAUGAACCCAUCAGAACUGUGCUGACAAAGGGAGUCGCUGGCAUCGGAAAAACAGUCUCUGUGCAGAAGUUCAUUCUGGACUGGGCUGAAGGGAAAGCAAAUCAGGACAUCCACCUCAUAUUUCCACUUCCUUUCAGAGAGCUGAAUCUGAUGAAGGACCAGAAACUGAGUCUGAUGGAGCUCCUUCAUGUCUGUUUUAAUGAAACAAAAGAAACAGAAAUGUCCAGUUUGGAAAAGGUUCUGUUCAUUUUUGACGGAUUGGACGAGUGUCGUUUUCCUCUAGAUUUCCAGAACACAGUGAGAGUGUGUGAUGUAACUGAAUCAGCAUCGGUGCAUGUGCUGCUGAUAAACCUGAUCAAAGGGAAUCUGCUUCCCUCUGCUCUCAUCUGGAUCACCUCUCGACCAGCAGCAGCUGAUCAAAUCCCCUCUGAGUGUGUCCAUCGAGUCACAGAGGUACGAGGGUUCAAUGACCCACAGAAGGAGGAGUACUUCAGGAAGAGGAUCAGUGAUCAGAGCCUGGCCAAUAACAUCAUCACACACCUGAAGUCAUUAAGAAGCCUCUACAUCAUGUGCCACAUCCCAGUCUUCUGCUGGAUUUCAGCCACUGUUCUAGAGAGAAUGUUGGGUGAAGCAGAGAAUAGAGAGAUCCCCAAGACUCUGACUCAAAUGUACACACACUUCCUCAUCAUUCAGACAAACAUCAUUGGAGAAAAGUACUCAAAGAAGCAGGAGAGUGAUGAAGAAAUGUUUCUUAAACUGGGACAACUGGCUUUUCAGCAGCUGAAGAAAGGGAACCUGAUCUUCUAUGAGGAAGACCUGAGAGAGUGUGGCAUUGAUGUGAGAGAAGCAGCAGUGUACUCAGGUGUGUGUACGCAGAUCUUCAGAGAGGAGUUUGGGCUUCACCAGAGUAAAGUGUACUGCUUUGUUCAUCUGAGCAUUCAGGAGCACCUUGCAGCUUUGUAUGUGCACCUGACAUUCAUGAUGAAAAAGAGAAAUGUUCUUUUACAGCAUCAGUUCUCUAAAUGGUGGAUGGAAAAAAUGACAAUCUCAGAGGUACACGAGUGCUGUAGAUCAGGCUUUAGAAAGUCAGACUGGACAUCUGGAUCUUUUCCUUCGCUUUCUUCUGGGUCUCUCACUGAAGUCCAAUCAGAAACUCUUACAUGCCUUAGUAACACAGACAGGAAGUAG